AUGAAGCGCCGGAGCGCCGACUGCAGCAAGCUCCGGCGGCCGCUGAAGCGGAACCGCAUCACGGAGGGCAUCUACGGCAGUACUUUCCUGUAUCUGAAGUUCCUGGUAGUUUGGGCCCUCGUGUUGGUGGCUGACUUUGUUUUGGAAUUCAGAUUUGAAUAUUUGUGGCCAUUCUGGCUUUUCAUCCGGAGUGUUUAUGAUUCCUUCAGAUACCAGGGAUUGGCAUUUUCAGUAUUUUUCGUUUGUGUAGCAUUCACAUCAAAUAUCAUAUGUCUGCUAUUCAUACCAAUACAGUGGUUGUUUUUUGCUGCCAGCACAUAUGUUUGGGUACAGUAUGUCUGGCAUACGGAGAGAGGCGUGUGUUUACCAACAGUAUCACUGUGGAUACUGUUUGUUUAUAUUGAAGCAGCAAUCAGAUUUAAGGAUCUCAAAAACUUUCAUGUCGACCUUUGUCGGCCUUUUGCUGCACACUGUAUUGGAUACCCUGUUGUGACUUUGGGCUUUGGCUUCAAAAGUUAUGUCAGCUAUAAAAUGCGAUUACGAAAACAAAAGGAAGUGCAGAAAGAAAAUGAAUUUUACAUGCAACUCCUUCAGCAAGCAUUACCCCCUGAACAACAGAUGCUACAAAGGCAAGAGAGAGAAGCAGAAGAAGCAGCCAAAGGAUUGUCUGAGAUGGAUUCCUCAAUACUUUUGCAACACAACGGCGGCAUUCCAGCUAAUAAGAAAUUAUCUACAACAUUACCAGAACUAGAGUACAGAGAAAAGGGGAAAGAAAAAGACAAGGAUGCCAAAAAACAUAACCUUGGAAUAAAUAACAACAUUUUGCAACCUGUAGACUCUAAAAUACAGGAAAUUGAAUAUAUGGAGAACCAUAUCAACAGUAAAAGAUUAAAUAACGAUCUUGUGGGAAGUACAGAAAACCUCUUGAAAGAGGACUCAUGCACUGCCUCAUCCAAAAAUUACAAAAAUGCUAGUGGAGUUGUGAACUCCUCACCUCACAACCACAGUGCAACUAAUGGAAGCAUCCCUUCCUCAUCUGCUAAGAAUGAGAAAAAACAGAAGUGCACCAGCAAGAGCCCAAGCACACAUAAAGACUUAAUGGAAAAUUGUAUCCCCAAUAACCAGCUAAGCAAACCAGAUGCACUGGUAAGGUUGGAACAAGACAUCAAGAAGUUAAAGGCUGAUCUGCAGGCCAGCAGGCAAAUUGAACAAGAACUGCGCAGUCAGAUCGGUUCUCUGACUAGCACAGAGCGGGGGAUCCGAUCGGAAAUUGGGCAACUCCGACAGGAAAAUGAGCUGCUUCAGAAUAAACUACAUAAUGCUGUACAAAUGAAACAAAAAGAUAAGCAGACCAUUGGCCAAUUGGAGAAAAAGCUAAAAGCAGAGCAAGAAGCACGGACCUUUGUAGAAAAGCAGUUGAUGGAAGAAAAAAAAAGGAAGAAGUUGGAGGAAGCAACAACUGCUCGGGCUGUUGCGUUUGCCGCUGCUACCAGAGGAGAAUGCACUGAGACAUUACGAAAUCGCAUCAGAGACCUGGAGACAGAGUGCAAAAAGCUAACAAUUGAUAUAAAGGUGAAAGAAGACCAGAUACGAGAUCUAGAAAUGAAAGUUCAGGAAUGGCGGAAAUACAAAGAGAAUGAAAAGGAUACAGAGGUAUUAAUGUCGGCCCUUUCAGCCAUGCAGGAUAAGACGCAGCAUUUAGAGAACAGCCUGAGCGCAGAGACAAGGAUCAAAUUGGACCUCUUCUCUGCGUUAGGAGAUGCCAAAAGACAGCUGGAGAUAGCUCAAGGGCAGAUCAUUCAGAAAGAUCAGGAAAUCAAGGACCUAAAACAGAAGAUAGCGGAAGUGAUGGCCGUCAUGCCCAGCAUAACAUACACUGCAGCCACCAGCACGCUAAGCCCAGUUUCUCCACACUAUUCUUCCAAAUUUGUGGAGACCAGCCCUUCUGGACUUGAUCCCAAUGCCUCAGUUUACCAACCCCUGAAGAAGUAAGCGCCAACGUUCCACCUGUCGCACCGAAGGCAUCACACAGAAAAAUCUCUCGCAGUCAAGAUGAAAUUUGUAUAGUGUGAGACUGUACUGAUUUCUUGUUUAAAAA